CAGGUAACUUUCUUACGAUAGCCUUCCGCCGGGCAACAUAGUGCUCGAAGCGCUCCCGCAUUUUGAGGAACACAACGCGAGGAGGCAAAAGCAAUACCUGUAAUCAGGCGUUUUCGUCGUUUUGGAAACCGAGGGACGUUGAAGCAGUAUUUUUUCUUGUACCGAAACGGCCCGUCUCUCAAAGGCGUUUGAAAUCGGACACCGCUGGCGUUGAGGCCCUCACUUUUGUGCGGAGGGAUACGUUGUUGCGUCUGACAAUGUGGACGGAGGUGGUGAAGAUGUCUACGAGAAGAAUGAAAUCAUCUCAGUUGUAACAACAAAAAAGGAAGACGCGAGAUUAGUUACUAUAAUAGAUUUGUUUGCACACAGACUUGUUACAUUGAAGCAAACACGUGGGCGCUGUGUGAAAAGCAGGCUUACCGGGACAAAAGGAAGACAUCUACUGUGCUCCAAUGCGUUUCAUGCACUGAGGUCGAAAUUCUCUUGAAGUUUUAUGUUUUUCCCCUUGCGAGUCUCCGCUUUUCUUUUUACUGUUGGAUAUCAGACACUUGGAGAGAGGGUUUAUUAGAGACUGAAGGGUAUGAACGAACAGCAGCAAAGAAUGGCUGCAGUGGGAACUGACAAGGAACUCAGCGACCUCCUGGAUUUCAGCGCGAUGUUUGCGCCUCCAGUAGCCAAUGGGAAGAACAGGACAAUGACACUCGCCAGCAGUCAGUUUAGUGGCUCAGCACUAGAUGAGCGCAGCGGCUCCGGGUCCUGGGCCUCGGCAGAACAGAACAGCCCCUCUUUUACCCAAGGACGGGGCUAUGGUGAAGGAUCCCACUACAAUGAACAUGAAGGCUUGUCCUCUCCAUUUCUUAGUUCAGGGAUCGCAGGUAAAAAUGAGAGGCCACCGUACCCUCCCUUUGGAAGCCAGCCUGGUUUUCUUCCUAGUGACAUAGCGAUGCCUAGCCCAGAUGCCAUGUCCCCCUCUGGUCUGAAGUCUGGCUCACAGUUUUACCCCUCAUACCCCAACAACCCCAGGAGAAGACCCCCUGAUGGAGGCAUAGACACCCAGCCAAAGAAGAUACGGAAACCCCCUGGCCUGCCGUCCUCGGUGUAUGCUUCCACAUCUGGUGAUGAGUAUUCCAGGGAAAAUGGCGGAUAUCCUGGUGCUAAGCCUGGAGCUGUCUACCCUGGCUCUUUCUACAUGCAAGAAGAUCCCUGGUCAUCUUCUGGAUACUCUGCCAUGCUGGGCAACUCUCCUCACAUCGGACAGCCAGGCUCCUUCUCUGCAAUUAAUCCACAGGACAGGAUGAAGCGUCACCCCCUGCCUCUGUCCCCACAGAACUAUCCUCUGCACGGCAGCGAAGUCAAUGGCUUCCACUCAGCCCCCUCCACAUACAAUCACACACCCGCCAUUAAUGGUGACGGCAUCAUGGCUAACCGCGGCACCACAGCUGGCAGUUCAGGAGAUGAAAUUGGGAAGGCUCUUGCCUCAAUUUAUCCAUCGGACCACAACAGUAAUAACUUCUCUUCAGCUCCAUCGACUCCUGGGUCUCCACAGGGAAUUACAGGAGCUCAGUCUCAGUGGCAAAGACCAACCACACCCAACUAUGAAGGGCAACCACAUGCACUGCAGAGUAAAAUGGAGGAUCGCUUGGAGGAGGCCAUACACGUACUGCGCAGCCAUGCUGUGGGCCAAGGCCCUGGCUUGGAAGGCACCCACUCGGACAUGCACAGCCUGCUGUCCUCAGUACACAACGGGGGCCUCGGGGCCCUCUCUCCAGCCUUCCCCAAUGCUAGCCUUGCCCUAAGCAACAGACAUCCUGCUUUGCAGGGAGGAAAACACGAGGAGCCGACAGGCCUUCCUCCCAGCAGCACUCUUCUGCACGGUCACCAUGCAUCUGGACCCACACCAUCCGCUGGCCAGCCCGAAGGCUUCACCAGUCUCCCUGGUGGUAUGGCCCGUUCCACACACUCCUCCAGCAGCUCAGACAUCAAAAGAGAAGACAAAGAGGAUGAUGAAAAUUCAUCUGUUGCAGACAAGUCCGACGAUGAAAAGAAGGACGCCAAGGUAGCACGCAACCGAACAAGAAAGGAGGCGUUGACCCUCCAGAUGCUCUCUGGCUUUUCAGACCAGAAAGAUGAUCAAGACAAUGAAGAUGAUGAGGAUGUUCCCCCCGAGGUGAAGAUGGAGCGUGAAAGGGAACGGCGAGUGGCUAACAAUGCCCGCGAGCGCCUCAGAGUACGGGACAUCAACGAGGCGUUUAAGGAGCUUGGGAGGAUGUGCCAGCUGCACCUCAGCCACGACAAACCUCAGACCAAACUUCUCAUACUGCACCAAGCUGUCAAUGUCAUCCUCAAUUUAGAACAACAAGUCAGAGAGCGUAACCUUAACCCCAAGGCAGCGUGUUUAAAACGUCGUGAAGAGGAAAAGGUGUCUGGCGUGGUGGGUGAAGCACCCAUGCAGCUCUCAGGAGGCCAUCCUAGUAUGGCAGGAGAUGGCCACAACCCAGUUGGCCACAUGUAACACCAGAUCUGAUGGUGUUCCCUUGGCUGUCAGAGGAUGUGGCCUUAACAGAUUUCUUCCACCCAUUAUUCUCAGUGUGUGUAUAUGUGGACAUGUCUGUGUAUUGUCCGUUCAAUUUUCAAGAUGCACAUUCACACACUCAUACACACAUGCAUACUGCCAAAACUGACACAGCCUGUUUGUCGCACUCCCAACCAUGACUACAAGCUCAAAUGUGAAGAACUUUUUAAGUUUUGCUUUGUUUUAUACAUGUAAGGUUUUUUUUUCUUUUUGGUUUCCACAAUAUGUUGGAACCCCGGAGUACUUUUUGUCCUGCCACAAAUUGGGACUUCACACACUGCCGAGAGGUGCUCUGGUUAAAGAAAGGAGACCUAAACACAAAUUGAAUCAAGGAUUUGUGCCUAAUUGUUACAUGUUUUCUAUUUGACAUUUAAGCAAAUUGCUUUACAUGUGAGGAACAUUUAUUGUGAGGGAUUGCUUAUGUGUAUGAGCAAUUAUUUUUAAUGUAUGUCAUUCCCAGCGUGAUGGUACAGUCUUACAUAUGUUAUGUAACCAAGCCCAUAGUUGAAGUUGAAUUGUCUAAAUUCUGUUACUUUUCCUUGAUCUUAACAGCAAAAGGUUUGAGGAGCGUUACUGAAGGGUCAGAAGGGAAAGGUCAACGUUUGGAUAGUUCAAAAGCAUUUUACACAAAAGACAGGAGCCUGACCAAGUGACAGUCACUGACUGAGCCCCGGUCGUAUCCCACAAGGCAUCUGGAGACUUGGAAAAGAAGACCCCUUUCUUGAAGGUUAAGAAUUAUGAGCGGUAGAAUAAGUCUACCACUACAAAACCGUUCUUCCUCUUUUGUCGACCACAGAUUUUAGUGUUACUCCAGUGAAUCCCUUGUUCUGAGUUCAAGUUUUUGUACUGCUUUAUGUCUGAAAGCAUGCAAGGACACAAAACACAUAAGCACAGCUGUAUAGAUUUAGGAUGGAAGUCUGAAGACGUAUAAUAUUUCAGCCCUGGAAGUUUUGUAUAAAAGCCAUCAGAGACACUUGAUAAAUGAUGCUCGGUGCUGUCACUGGUUUACUGAAAAUACCAGCAGAUGCAGCAAUGUCAUGUUUUCCCCCUGAUUGACAUUCUGGUGAGAGAUUCAAUGAAAUUCUACACAAUCUGGGUUCAUUUGAAUAAUGAAUCUCCUCAGCCCACAAAUGGUGAAAUGGAUAAGCCUUUGUACUUGGAGGUUAACUUUUCCAAAAUGAGCAUUCCCACUGAAUUACAGCCCCCCACCUUCCUCCUGAGUAAGUUUGUCGUCACGUUUCUUAGUGAGAGAAGUGUGACAUGUAAAUUCACUUCAUACAUUACUCUGAUAUGUUUCAUUUUUCAGAAUUAAAUAUAUAUAAAUAUAUAUAUUUUUUGUUAGUCUAUACAUUGUAGAUUUUUUACAUAAAUGGCAAUAUUAGUUUGAAGUUUAGAGUGUAUUGUAGAUGAGCUGAAUAAGGGGAUAUUUGACAUUUAAAUGAAAUUGUUCAAAUCAAAUUGAACCGGGAUGGCAGUGGAAAAGGGUCAACAGUCGAUAAAGGAAAAAAAAUGUUGAAAGCGUUUGGUGUAUCCUUUUAUUCCAGUUUUAGUUAAAAGGCGUUUAAAUCAGCUACCCAGAUGAGUUUGUUCUUUCCAUUUGGGGAUUUUGCGUGCACCACACUCUUGCUGAAGUGUUCUUUAGCAGCGAGGCACCAAGGCAAAACGUGGGAAGGGAUUUAUGUCUCGAACCGUAAUUAUGCAACUGGUUUUUGAAUGUAGCUACCAUACAAAUGUGGAUCGCCUUCAUUGUCAGAGUUGUUUUCUGGGGUUUUUUUGUCAGUACAGUAUACUAGUUUUCAUUUCACCUUUUUCUAAGAUCUGCCCUCAGACAAGCGGCUCUCAGUGUGUAGCUCGCUUUUCGAGUGUCCCGCACACUUAUUUUUGAGGCAGACGCUGGUAUUUGGGUGUAAGGUAACAGAUAAUAUGGAGAACAAAAACAGUGUUAUUGUGAUGUUAUUCCCAUAUUCAUGUCAUGUUGUGAAUGAUUUUUUUUUUUUUUUUUUUUUUUUUUACCAACAUGUAAUCACAAAUGGGAGGUAGAGCAUUUUGUGUGUUUAAUUUCUACAAAAAGAGAUGAAGAAAAAGACCUAUACAAAUCAAUAGUGUGGCCUUUUCAUUCUCAAGACUUAAGAUGUCAUGAUGGGAGAGUGAUACCUUAUCAGUGCCUGAACUUGUAUUUUCAUUUAAGACAGUUUUAUUUUGUGAACCAUAUCAUUUCAUUUACCAUGGAGAUUAAAAAGGUACUUGUUCAUUCCCCCACCCUACCUUCUCCUAAUGCUUUUUUCAAUUUUCAGGAAGAAGUUUAAAUGGUAUAAAGAGAUUUUCUUUCAGUGUAUCUAGUUAAAUAAAUAAAUGUUACGUAGAUCUUGUUAAGUUUUUAUUCCUUUUUUUCUAAUUAUUCAACUGGAUUAUAUUGUCCAAACUGCUGUUUUUAGUUAAGGUAAUGGGUCCAGGUCAUGAGUUAAUUUCUAUCUGCUCUACAUUGCUAAAUCACUUGACAUAACAGGGUUCAAGAGAUGCUGCUUUUGGCUCUGAUUGUCUGCUUUUGAUGCACAUUAAUAGACAAGUGUUUGUGUUGCUUCAGUUUCAGUGUAGGGAGUGAGUUUUUUUUAAAUUUUUUUUUUUUUUUUUUAAUUUCUUUAAUUUUAUUUUUUCCCUGUAGUAGCUGGAGCCUAUUUUGACUUGGAGCAUUUUCUGUACAUUAGAGUGCAAGCCCUCUGCUGCAGUGGUUUUCCGUAUAUUUAGUCUUCUGUGAGAAUUUUCACCUCUGGCAUUUUACUCUUCCAACUCUUUUGGUGACGUUGACAGUGACUUUUUGUGAGAAGUUUUGAACACUUCUUUCAAAGAGUUGUAUUUUAAUUUUUUAUUUUAUUUUUUAAAUAUUACAGUAUCAAUAAGUGUAAUGAAUAUUGCCGAUUUGUUACAGGGGAAAAUCAAUAUGUGACUUGAUGUCAUUAGUAUUCAGUGAACAUUACAGUAGCCUUGAGCUAUAGACCCAGUUUUCCUUUUGUUUCAGAGGAACCUUGUUUUUAACUAUACAGUCUCCAGAAAAGCAACCUUACCCACUGCAGGAGCGCAUAUCAUGGACAGAAAUUUACAAUUUUAUGAUGAAAAGUGUUCAGUUAAUGGGCUUGGACUUGUUUUUGGUAUAAGAAAGCAGUAAUAAAAACUUGCUUUCAACAGUUUUGUCACAUCUUUGAUGAACUCAAAAGGGGGAGUUUGAGUGUCAAGUAAAGAGCCUGACAUCAUGGAGUGAGGCCUCAGUUGACUGCUGCAGAGUCCUCUGAGGGCCUCACUCACUCACUCUUUUUUUAUAUAUAUAUAUAAAUAUAUAUAGUUGAGAACUGUCCUGUAUAUAACAGUAAUGUAGCAAUAAAUGUGCCAUUUUUAAUAACAGAUUAUACCUUUUCCAAUGUCUGGCUUUUGAAUAUUGUAUACAUAAAAAGGAAAAUAAAGGAAAACAUUGUAACAAAGGGUU